CGAGUCUGCGGAGCUCACAGAUUCUGAGUUCAGACCAGAAACCGGUAGUGAAAAUGAGCGGACGAGGUAAAACAGGCGGAAAAGCCAGAGCCAAGGCCAAGACCCGCUCCUCCCGUGCCGGGCUGCAGUUCCCGGUCGGUCGUGUCCACAGGCUGCUGAGGAAGGGGAACUAUGCGGAGCGUGUGGGUGCCGGCGCCCCCGUCUACCUGGCGGCUGUGCUGGAGUACCUGACCGCUGAGAUCCUGGAGCUGGCUGGAAACGCCGCCCGCGACAACAAGAAGACCAGGAUCAUCCCCCGUCACCUGCAGCUGGCCGUCCGCAACGACGAGGAGCUCAACAAGCUGCUGGGCGGAGUGACCAUCGCUCAGGGCGGCGUGCUGCCCAACAUCCAGGCCGUCCUGCUGCCCAAGAAGACCGACAAGCCCGGCAAGACCAAGUAGACCCGCAGACCCACCGACCGGAAACGGCCCCAAAACGGCUCUUCUAAGAGCCACA